CCCUGGAAUGGAUCCUUUGACAGCAACACAUCAUCGAAAUGUAUCAAGGUGUAUGCGCUUCACUGUCUCCCUACCCUCUCAUCAUCCCUUACUGAUUUGAUUGCCAAUGCAGCUUCUCGGCCCCGCAGCUCGACCAGAGGUCCAUUAGAUGCAUCGGAUGACUUACCCUCUUCACCGGUCAAACACAAAACAAUGGCUCCUAGCGACAGCUUCACUGGGGCAUCUUUCCAACAAUUAGAUCCGCUGGCCCCGGAUGAUCUCCCUGAAACCCUAGGGAAAGACCUCUCAUUUCUCCUCCGGCAUAACAUCUUCCAUACGCUAUCCCAUCUUGACAUUCCUCCGCCGCUACGAUCGGACUUCCUCAUCCUCAACCCUGGGGAGCCUUUAUCAUCAUCUCUGGGCAUUCUUGAGAAGUUGUUGAGCGAGGGACGGUUCCUUAUCGCAGCACAAUUCUCAGCCUCUAUCCUGACAUCAUCCCUAAUAUCUUCCACAGAUAUCAGACUCAUCUUUUCCCUGUUCUACACACGCCUUGCCUGCUUGGAGUUAUCUGGCAACACAGUGCUGGCAGCACAAGAAUCCAAAGCGCUAGAGGAUUUGAGCUCAGCAUUUUAUUACAUUGACCUGGGACCAACUCCGGCGGAUAGCGGAAAUCAUCCUGAACACCAACAUACAAAUGCACAUGAACCUCACCAUAUCGUCCCAUGGCCCUUGCGUGUUUUAGCAGUCAGGCUUCAAAGCAUUGGCUUUGGUGAUGCCCGACGAGCCAUUGGAGGGCUGUACGAGAUUGGGCUUGAGGUUCGGAGAGAGAUCAUGAGAAAUGGAAUCAGUGACUCCGAGCGAGAUCUGUGGAAACAGAGAUUGGCCGACCUGGGUGUCAGAAGCGUCAAUGCGCUCAUAGAGAUGGGCGAUUUCGAUGCAGCCAGGCGAUCGCUUGGCAAUCUUCAAGUGCCUGGAGCCGAGACUGAACUCACAAAGCUGAGGACGGCGCUUCUGCUUUUGCGAGUCGGCGAUCUGGAUGCUGCGGGUCAGGUAUUCGGCGAAGCAGACGAGACAAAAGAAGCUACUUUAUUAAAGCCCCUUAUCAGCAUGUCCGAUGGCCGUUACUCUGAUGCAGUGGCUGAGUGGCGCGUCCUUGGAGAAGAUAGGACAAGAAUAGAUGGAGCCCUGGUAGCCCAAAAUCUGGCCGUGUGUCUUUUGUACACAGGCCAACUGGAAGAGGCUCGACAAGUACUUGAAGCACAAGUUUCUGCCAACCAUUCCUUUGGAAGCUUGAUCUUCAAUCUAUCGACACUAUAUGAGCUUUGUUCUGACAGUGCAGGUCAUCUGAAGGGACAAUUGGCUGAUACGAUCUCCAAACAGCCUAUCACUGGGCAAACUAAUUUGGAUCGGCCGAACUCAGACCUGAAAUUGUAA